AUGGCGAUACCUGGUUGGUCAAGGCGCCACCUGGUUGGUCAAGGCGCCACCUGGUUGGUCAAGGCGCCACCUGGUUGGUCAAGGCGCCACCUGGUUGGUCAAGGCGCCACCUGGUUGGUCAAGGCGCCACCUAGUGGUCACAAUACCACCUGGUUGGUCAAGGCACCACCUUGUUGGUCAAGGCGCCACCUGGUUGGUCAAGGCGCCACCUGGUUGGUCAAGGCGCCACCUGGUUGGUCAAGGCGCCACCUGGUUGGUCAAGGCGCCACCUGGUUGGUGAAGGCGCCACCUAGUGGUCACAAUACCACCUGGUUGGUCAAGGCGCCACCUGUUGGUCAAGGCACCACCUGGUUGGUCAAGGCACCACCUUGUUGGUCAAGGCGCCACCUUGUUGGUCAAGGUGCCACCUGGUUGGUCAAGGCGCCACCUGGUUGGUCAAGGCGCCACCUGGUUGGUCAAGGCGCCACCUGGUUGGUCAAGGCGCCACCUGGUUGGUCAAGGUACCACCUGGUUGGUCAAGGCGCCACCUGGUUGGUCAAGGCGCCACCUGGUUGGUCAAGGCACCACCUGGUUGGUCAAGGUGCCACCUGGUUGGUCAAGGCACCACCUGGUUGGUCAAGGCGCCACCUAGUGGUCACAAUACCACCUGGUUGGUCAAGGCGCCACCUGGUUGGUCAAGGCGCCACCUGGUUGGUCAAGGCGCCACCUGGUUGGUCAAGGUACCACCUGGUUGGUCAAGGCGCCACCUGGUUGGUCAAGGCGCCACCUGGUUGGUCAAGGCACCACCUGGUGGUCAAGGCGCCACCUGGUUGGUCAAGGUGCCACCUGGUUGGUCAAGGCACCACCUGGUUGGUCAAGGCGCCACCUGGUUGGUCAAGGCACCGCCUGGUUGGUCAAAGCGCCACCUGGUUGGUCAAGGCGCCACCUGGUUGGUGA